AUGAACUCCACGUUCGACCCGGCCACCUGCACCUAUGCCACCUGCUCAGUCAAGGACUAUGGCCAGCUGCAAUACAUUCCCUCGCUGGCCGGAAAUGCCUUCUACCUGGCGGUGUUCAGCCUUGCCUGCCUCGCCCAGAUCUGGCUGGGUGUUCGAUACCGCACCUGGGGGUUCAUGUGCGGCAUGCUGGGCGGCAUCGGCCUGGAGAUCCUGGGAUAUGCGUAUCGCGUCCGACUGCACUACGACGACUUCGACAACAACUCCUUCAUCAUCUACCUGGUCGGGCUCACGCUGGGGCCGGCCCUCUUCUCGGGCGCCAUCUACAUCUGCCUGGCCCGCAUCAUCGCCGUCUACGGUCUCCGACUGAGCAUCCUCAGCCCGCGGACCAUCACCAUCGUGUUUGUCGGAUGUGACCUGGUCGCCCUCAUCCUGCAGGCCGCCGGGGGUGCCUUGGCCUCGAUAGACAGCACACCCAGCCUCGGACAGACCGGCGUCAACCUGAUGAUCGCCGGCCUGGCCAGCCAGGUGGCUUCCACCACCCUCUUCUGCGGGUUGUGUCUGCAGAUCGUGUUCCGCAUCCACACGCGCCCGAGCCUGAUCAACCACAACAGCGCGGCACUUCGCAGAGCACUCGCAUUCAGGCUUUUCCUAAUUGCAAUCGCGAUUGCCACGGUGGCCAUCCUCGUCCGCUGCUGCUUCCGCGUGGCCGAGCUGAGCCGCGGCUUCAGCAGCGCCCUCGCCAACAACGAGGUCCUGUUCAUGGUCCUCGACGGCGCCAUGAUGGCGCUGACCGUCCUGGCCCUCUCGGUGGGCCACCCCGGCCCGGCGCUCGGCGUCAUGUGGGCGCAGGGCGGAUUCGAGCUGCGGCGGCGGCAACGAUCCCGAAGUUCCAAAAAAGGGGCACGGGGGAUAGCGUACACCGUCAAGCCGCAGCCGUUGCAGACCGAGAUCUCGCAUGCGGGGCUACCAAAGUGA